GUAAUGAAAACAGUGGCGCGGGAAACCGCGGCGCAGUCGGCCGCGUUUCGUACCACGCAGUAUUUUAAACAAACUUUAAUUAAAUAUUUAUUUUAAUAAAUUCCAAGCGUACAUUUCCAAUAGAGUGCUAAAAGUGCUUUACUUUAAAGUUAAUGUGUUGUUUGUGAUGGAUUUUGCGGCUAUGGGCGAGAUGUCGACGGAGUAGUGAAGAAGCAAGAUGGCGGCGAGUGGUGACGUCACAGUCGCCGAAAAUGGCGGCCAGGGGAACGUGAAACUGCACCCAUACUUGAUUACUUUGGUGCGAUGGUGCGUGUCCUGCUUGUGGAGUACAGCGACGGUGCUGCUGCAUCGGCUGGUGACGGCACAGCUCCCGCAAAUAGCUGCAUCGAAGCCUCCGCCAAAGUCUUCAAAGCCGCGCGUGGCCGGCAAAGACCACCUCCACCCUGAGCCUAAAGUGGAGUGCGUGGUGCUUCAUGAGCCCGAGGAAACCACGCUUGACGUCAUCUUCGUGCAUGGGCUGUAUGGUUCCCUAGGAAACACUUGGCGUCAAGGCGACUGGAAAUCCAAAUACAAAUUGGACCCGAACUUAGUUCCCCUACGCGACCACGGAUCCACCUCUUGCAUCUGUCCCCAAAACGACUCGAACAACGAUAACAUAUGUAAAAUAAACGAAUUUACAUACAGAGCGGAAAUUAAUGAAUCCGAGGUCACAUUCGAAAACAUAAAUGAGAAGUUAAGAAAGAUAUUGCCCAACGAAAACUUAUUGAUUACGGAGAAAUUUUACAACAACACCUUAUUGGAUAAUGAAAUGGAAAAUUACGAGACACAAGCGAAGUUCGUUCGAGAUAUGUUUCAGAAGGAAAAUAAGGAGACGGAUGAGACGAGACAUCACGGCAACAAAUGCGAAUGUCAUGAAAUGAAUGAGUGUAUGUGCAGUAAUGCGAAGAAAUGCGAAGCGGGGUGUGGGUGUGUGUGUGACGAGUGCUACUCCACGUGUUGGCCAAAGGAUUGGAUCAAAGUCGACUUCCCUGGUGCGAGGGUGAUAUCUAUUAACUACACCAGUGAUCCUUAUUUGUGGCGGCCGCUGUGGAUUAGAGGGAAUAAGAGGUUGCGGCUCCACGAGAGAGCUGACCAGAUGAUGGCCCAACUCCUUGCGAUGGGCGUGGGCAAGAAGCCGAUCAUCUGGGUCGGACACUCCAAGGGCGGGCUAUUCAUCAAGCAGAUAUACUGUGACGCAUACGAGGCGCAUUUGAAACUAAACCAAAACAAACCUUUAGACAAUAACGGAAACCAAGACAAUAACCAAAUGAACGACAAUAACAAUGUUUUUAAACAAAUAGAUAUUGUCGACAAUAAUUUUAAUAAAGUAGAUUGUGAUACAAAUAGUAAUAGUGAUGAAGUGGUGAAUAACAAUGUGAUAAACGGUGAUAACUUAGAAGGCUUGGUUAAGGAAGUAGGAGAUGCGGAGUCUUCAAAUAUUGAAGAAGAAACCCAAAUCCGAGCGAACCUGUGGAGCAACAGCGCAGGGUUUAUGUUCUACUCGGUGCCGCACCGAGGCUCGCCGCUCGCCGACAUCAAGACGCCCAUCACUGCGAGGAGUAUCGAACUGCUGGAAAUUAGCAAAGACUGCGCGCUGGUGCUGUCGCUGCAGGAGCGGUGGCUGGUGGCGACGCGGGGCUCCCGGCCGCUGGUCCGCAGCCUCGUGGAGACGGGCCGCACGCUCAUGUCCGUGCUGUGGCUGAGGAUAGUGAGCGUGGACUCCGCUGAUGCCGGUAUAGGCUCACUGAGCGGAGUGUCGGUGGACCAUCGGGAGAUCUGCAAGCCAUCCAGCAGGAACUGUCUGCUAUACAAAGAACUGACGGACCUCAUACGCGCUGCUCUUAAUAAAUGUGGCUGCCGAUAACUCGCUAUACGCCAAAUAUAAGGCCAAGUUGUUGAUUAGACAGGCACGGAUCCAAGGCGAGUGGUGGGGCCCAAACGUUUCAGUUUAUUUAAUUUGAAAUACUUUUUACACAUCCCAUCUCACGAUCAAUAAAUGAUGUCCUAACUUAACUACAAGAUAAUCAUUUUUAACAAGGCGUUAAAAUCCGCCUUAGUGGCCUUCAUAAGUGUGUCUCGUUCAUGGAUCAGCCUGUGUGUAUCCAGUUCCAACAGACCGGCAUAAUUAUGUCGACUGUCGAGAAGUCAUCUCUCGUCAGUCAACAUUCUAUUGGACUCGACUUAACAUUAGGUACAGUAGUGAAUUUGCCGCGCUUGUCCAAAAAAAAUACGAAGUAAAAUAUUUAAGAAUUUUAUUGAAACCACAUUGAAGCUAUAAAGGACAGACCAAGAAAAACGUAUAGAAAGAGCGUAAGAAAAAACUUAUAUAAAUUUAUUUGAUAAUUGUGCCAAACUGAAAUGACUUGCAGCGCUCAAGAUAUUUGAUAUAAAAAAUAGCAAAGCUAAAUGAAUAACUCUUACUGCGUAAGUCUUAUAAAUUUUGGGCUCAAUAUAUGGCUAUUAAGGUUAGAAAUCGUCGGGACAGGGCUGUACUCAGACUUUUCCAAUUAAAAUUUGAUAAAUUUAUGAUUUUAUUUUUUGGAAAUAUAGCACUUAUGAGCACUUAUUAGCACUUUCUAGCUAUUGCUGUUUGGGACCUAUACAGGAGUGUUUUAUAACUCUUUCAAAAAGAUGUCCUAAAAUAUACCGUUCUUUGAAUUUAAUAGAAAAUGUGAAAAUAAUUAAAAAGGAAAAUGGGGUACUUGCCCAAACUCCGCACUAACCUGAUAAAAUGGCUAGGCUGAUUCCUUAUUAUACAAAUAAUAAUUAUGUACAGUCAGCAACAUAAUUAGCUUAACAAAUUCAAAUUUAUAUUUUUUGAAAUUUGCUAAUGCGUGUGUUCGUCCCACUAGAUCUGGUUUUACUGUAUUCUAUUCGUUACCAUAUUGUGUAUAAAGAUACCUCAAAUCAUAUUCUACGCCCUGUCUGUCCGCGUACUCUUGUUAUGCAUUCCUGACCAUAUUUAUGUGUAUGUAAACUAUAUUUUUCUACUGACCAUGAAUGUCAUUUAAACUUCUAUCAAAAGCGAAUAAUGUAUAACAUUAAAAACCAUUCUAUACGACACUUAAAGACAAUUAUAUCUAAGCGACAAAUUUACCAAAAAUGAAUUAUUUAAAUAUUUGUAAUCGCCAGAUUUUUCGCGUCGUUUGAUCUAGGUUUGUAGCUUUAGGGCAAUUUUAUUAUCAGUAGACUAUAUUUUUAUAAAGUAAAAUAGCUUUUGCUCGCGACUUCGACCAUGUGAAGUUUUCCUGGGUAAAAGUCCUGCUAUUUAUGUUCCCGGGAGAGAAAGUAGCCUAUAACCUUCCCAGGGUCUUAAACUAUCUCCAUACCAAAUUUCAUAAAAAUCCGUUCAGUAGAUUUUGAGAAAAUGAACCUUUAUUUUAUUAUAAUAUGUAUAAAUAGUUUACUAUGAAAUUUAUAAUUAAAAUCAAAAGUAAAUCGCUGUACUCAAAAGUUUAUUUAUUUAUUUACACUCUUUAUUGAAAAUUAAGUUAGAUAAAAAAAGCAACAAUCAACGUGUCGCUUAGAAAUAAUUGCCUUUCAAGCCUUAAAUUGACUUAAACCGCACUAUCACUAUUCAUUCUAGAACUGAAUGUUGAAAACGAUAGUUGUUUAUUUUACGUUGGAUUAUAUUUUUAACUUAGUUAUAUGAAGACAAUUUUAAUUCCAUUUGUACUAGACAUAAAUGUUUAUUAAUGUCCAUCACAAAAGUAUUUUUAGCACCAUUUUGUGAAAAUCAAGUCUAUUUGACGUAUUUUAAUAUGGUUAUUUAAAUAUAUCAAACUAAAUGUUUAUCUGGAAAAGCUCAUGACAGUAAAACGUGCCGAGAUGUUACCGAAUGUUACUGUUAAACUAAAUUUAUUGUAUCAAUAAAUGUUAUUACUUAAA